AUGUCGAUUCAUUACAAGUUUCGAUCAACAAUCGAUUAUAAAACCUUACAACUUGAUGGAUUGAAUAUUCGUGCGGAAGAUUUGGUGAGAGAAAUAUGCACGAAAGAAGGAAUUCGUAUUGAUAUGUUCAAUUUGCUUCUACAGGUUGGUGGUAUAAAAGUGCUUUGAUUCAUUAAAUUAAAUCUUCAAUUUUCAGAAUGCAUAUACUGAAAAGAAGUACAGUGACGAUGAAUUAGUACCACGAAAUUCUUCAAUAAUCGUUCAACGGGUUCCUAGAAGUGAAGCUACUAAAGUGCAGAAAGUACAGUGAGUCUAGAAAGUUCAAAUUUUCUUUAAACAUCUUGUGUUUUUCAGAAGUGGUGUUAACAGUGGAAUGGUUAAUCAAGAAGCAAGUGCAUCACCUUCGGAUUUAGCAUCACAAUUUGCAUCGGUGUGUUAUUUAAUUUUACAAAUAAAUUUCUAUAUUUGAUGUUUUCAGGUUGAUUAUGAAAAUAUGGAUGAGAACGAGAGAUUGAAUCAUGUCAAAGAUGUAUCUACACGAGCAUAUGACCCAUCAAAGUAUGUUUCAAUUCAAACAAUUUUACUUGUAAUCCUAAAACGUUUUUUUAGUUUUCGAAAAAAGACUGGAGGAAUUAUGUGUGGACCACCACCCCCAACAUACACAUGCAAUCGUUGUCAUCAACCAGGACAUUGGUACAAGAACUGUCCAAUGGUAAAAUAUUUUUUUGAACCGCGGUUUGAUCUAUUUGUUAUAACUUAUAAACGGAUAAAUUGCCCAAAAGUAGAAGAGUUUUCCACCAAAAGUGGAAAAUCGUCGAAAUUUGAGCAUUUUUGUCCGUUCACUUUUUUUGUUGAAAUCGAUGUUUCUUGUCGAUGCUAUAGAGAUAAACCUACAAUCAAACUUGAUAUUUGUUCUUAGUUGUUUUCAUUGUUAUUACUUCUAAAGGUUCAGUAGUAAGUUUGAUAGAUGGGGAAUGGUGCGAUUUCAGCAAAGCACGAAACGAACAACUGGAAUACCUUCACAAGAAUUAAUGGAGACAACACCAGAUGAUCCAGCUGCGAUGCUUCAUCCAAGUGGAAAAUAUGUUAUACAUAAAAUGCAUUGGAAAGCUCGUCAAGAGCAAACGAGAAAGGUGAUUUAUUGAACAUUUUACGAAUUGAGACAAUUUUAAAAAAAUUUGAUAAUGUCUUAUAUUUUGAUCAAAUCCCCAUUUAGAACGUGAGCCUGGCCAUUUCUAGAAUUAUUAUCUCAUCAUUCUUUGGAGAAAAAAAUGUUCGACUUGAAAUUAUCAAAAAGUGAGACAAAAGAAAUAAUCAGAUUUCGUUGUAUAUGUAAUGUAUGCAAAUUUUUAUAUAGAGAAAAAUUGCUGAAGCAGGCAACGUCUUAAUUUCUCAGGUUAAAGGGUCCUAUUCCAAUUGUGAUAAGCAACUUUCUGAAAUAACCAAAAUCCUUUUUUCCCUUUUUUAGAAAAAUCUAAAUCCGCAAUGGUUUCAUAACUCCAAAUAAUGUUAUUUCUCGUACCAACGGAAUCUUUUUUAACUCAUGUGGGCAGUUUAUAUUAUAAGAAAAUUUCAAACGGGCCUAUUUUAAAUUCACUUUUUUUGUAAUUUUCUACGAACAGCUAGAUAGUAUUCAUAAAACUCUGAUUCUGGAAGUUCAGUUUUUCCAAUUCCAAUAAUGUUUUAUUUUUAGACUGAAGAUGGUUCUUCAUCUCCUUCAAUAAAUCAAAAGCCGCCUUCUUCGCUGAUUUGUCCAUUAUGCAACAAUCUCAUCAAGGUAAUUUAAAAAAUCCAGAAAAAUAUAAUCUUAUCCUAAACUUUUCAGGAAGCAGUUAUAACUUCAUGUUGUGGAAGCUCAUUUUGUAAUGAAUGUAUUAGUCAAAAAUUGUUAGAAUCCGAAACCGCAGAAUGUCCUAGUUCCGAUUGCGAUAAUGUUAAUUUGAAUAUUGAUGCAAUUGUUCGUAAUAAAAGUUUACGUGAUGCAGCUGAACAAUGGUUGUUGAAAAAUGGUGGAGGAACACAAAAUAUUGAAACAAUUGCAAUUGCAAGUGGUUCUGGAACACCUCAACAACAGCAACAAGAACAAAUCAGAAUAAGAAUUGGAUUACAACCAAAACCAACAACAUCAAUUAAUAAUCAAAUAUCUCCAGCUGCUGUUAAUUCAACAAUUGCAACUGCAGCAACAACAUCAUCAGUACCAACAGUUCCAAUUCCAAUAACAACACAAUCAGAAUCAGUUCUUGCUCCACCAGGAAUAACUAUUACAUCAGCAACAACUCAAGUAUCGCAAACUAUAAACAUUCCAUUAGAUACAAGUCUACCUCCGCCUUCUCUUCGACCAGUUUCUGAUCCAAUUGGUGUUCCUGGAUUACAACCUUCUUAUAAUACAAUGCAACCAGCGAUUCCUGGAAUGGGAGUUAUUCCACAACAAUCACAUAUCAUGGCAUAUCCGUAAGUUUAUUAUAUUUAUUUUUGACUUUUGAAAAAAAAAUCAAAUUUUUGUUUUUAUUCAGAAUGAACAAUCAAAUGUCAAUGUAUACGAGUACACAUGCGCAUGCCGGGUUCAAUCCACCUUCUUCUUCAUCUUCACGUCCUGGUAUUGAUUGGGAUGCAUUUUUGAGAAAUAAAGAUAGUUCACGAUCUCGACAUGAUCACAGAGAUCGAGAACGGGAUCGGGAUAGGGAAAGAGAUCGAGCGAGAGAAAGAGAACGGGAAAAAGAACGAGCAAAAAGACGAGAAAGAGAACGAGAAAGGGAACGAGAUCGAAGAAGACGAAAAGAAUCAACAAGUGAGAGUGAUGAUUCUGAAGUUUCUGAAAAUGAUGAAAAAAGAAGAAAAGAAUCGAGAAGAAGUAGUGAAAGAGAAAAAAGAAGUCGAAGACAUGAAAAGAGUUCGAGAGUUAAAGAUAUGAAAGUGAGAAGUUCAAGAAAAUCAAAAGAAAAGGAUGAAACUAGAAAGAAGAGAAAAACUGAAAUACAAGAAGAGGAAACACCGAAAAAAGAAAAGAAAGAAGAUGAUGAUGAAGCUGAAAUUGAUGGAGCAUUGGCUGAAUAUGAAAAAUUGAAAGAAACUACAUCUGAAUUAAGUUUGGUUGAUGAAAAUAAAACAGUUGAAUCAUCCGCACAAGAAGAUACUUCUCAUGAAACUGAUUAUAAUGAAGAAGAGGAAGAAGAUGAAGAAAAAAUUGAUGAUGAGGUUGGUUGAAAUUAUUUUAUCAAUAUUUUUCUAUAGAUUGUAUUUUUCAGGCUUCUGAGACUUCUGUUCGUAGAAAUGAAAAUGCGGAAACUGAGAAUGACGAUAAAGUCGAAUUAACGACUGAAACAAGUGAAGCUGAAACAAGAGAGGAUGAUAUUACUGAAUUAUCAGAACAAGUGAAUACAAAGUAAGUUACAAUAUUUCCAUUUAAAAUCUGGGUGAUGUUUGUUUUAAAAAAAACUGACAAUUUUUAAAGAGAAUCGCAAUCAUCAACGGCUAAUUCGGAUAGUGAUGCAAAAGAUAUUGCUAAUUUGGAAAUGAAAGAGAGUUCGGUUGAGAAAGAUCAAGACGAAACAAGUUCAUCGAAAAAGAAAGAAAAGAAGCAUAAAAAACAUAAGAAAAGCAAGAAAAGUAGAAGAAAGCAUGAAGAUGAUGAAAAUGAAGAAGAUGGAGAGGAAAAACAUCGAAAGAAACAUAAGAAACACAAAGAGAAGAAAUCGAAAAGAGAAAAAGAUUAUGAUGAAAAUGAAGAUGAAAAGGAUAAAAAGAGAAGAAAAAGAGAAAGAAAUGAUAAUGAUAUGGAAAAUGAUGAAGAUGUAAGUUUUUAUUUAUUUUAUUUGAAAUUCAGAAGAAAUUACGUUUUUUCCAGGCUCCUCGUGUAAAAGUUCGAAGAAGAAGUGAAGAAAUCGAGAAGGAAGAAAGAAAAAGAAGAAGUAGUGAGGAAAAAGAGGAAAGAAAAAGGAAAAGUAGCGAAGAAAAGGAGGAUCGAAAAAAGAAAAGUGAUAGAAAAGAAAAAGGAAGAAAAGAUGAUGAUGAGAGAAGAAAAAGAAGAGGAGAAAGAGAAAAAGAGGAUGAAAAGGAAAAACGAAGUGAUCGAAGAAAAGAAGAAGAUGAAAAGGAUAGAAAAAGAAGAAAGGAAAAAGAAAGAGAGAAGGAAAAGGAAAAAAAUUUGAAAGAAGAAGUUGUUGAAAAAAAGAAGGAAGAGAAAACACCUGAAACGAGUAAGAAACCAGUUUCAUUUAUGCUUACUAGUGCAAAGAAAGCAUUGAAUGCUGAAAAGCAACUGGAAAAGAAGGAAAUCGCUCCAAUUCGUGAGGUAAGUAUUUUUUUACAUUUAAUCAAAUAGUUCUUCCUCAAAGUUUGAACAUAAUAUUAUGGAAUUUCCCGAAAAGUUCUACAAUUUUUUUUCGGUUUAUCAAAACAAAAAAUUAAUAUCAAGUUUCAAAACAAGAAACUUUUCACGAAAAAUGUUUCUUCUUGUUGUAUUUCUUUUUAACAUUAAAAAAUGUGAUUUUCAGAAGUCUGAUACGAAGAAAGAUCGAUUGGCGGAUAGAUUGACUCGAAAAGCAGAUACAGAUUUGGAGAGCAAUAUCAGUGAAAGUGGAGAUGAGAGAAAGGUAGAGUUAUUUAUUUAAACUUUUCACUUAAAAUUUUAUUUUUGUUUAGAAAUCACGAAAGGCUCGAAAUGAUUCAAUUUCAUCAAAAGACGGCGAAAACAAGGGGAUUAAUCUCAAAAACUCAAAAAUUACGUUUAAUCUGUGA